AGGCUAAUUACGCCAUGUCAAGUCGCCGACCACUUCUAUUCUCCGUCUAUUAGUCCCCUCUUACCGCUUCACCGAGUUCUUGAGUCGUGGAGCCGGAUCACCCGUAGCCACCACAGUCCUCUCACACCGUGCGCCAUAGCACGCUGCACGCACGCGCGCCCGAUUGCGUGUUACCAUCCGGACGGGCUGCACCUACCACUUCGACACCCAGGGUCCAAUACCGCAACGCUCUUCCUUGCCUUCAUGGUUGCGAUCUGCCAUUAUCUUGUCCUCCACGAGCACGACCCGUGCGACCAUGUCCAGAUUCCAAGAAAGCGCGCUGCGCAACAGUGCGGCGGAUGAAGCGGCGGCAGCGGCGGCGGCGUCCUCAUUGCCGUACUGGCAUCCAUCCAGCCAAUUCUCCUCCCUCAUCGAUCCGCAGCACGACCCUGCCAUGUCGCUAUCCGAUGGCCACGGCCAAGCCGCUGCUCUCGGCUACGACUUCUCGAACAAUCAGCUGCCCGGCCAGCAGCAGACAAACAUGACCUUCGAUGUCGCUCAGGAUCAACGCUACAUGGACUUCACGGGAAUGAACGGCUUCCCGCAGCAGCAGCAGCAGCAGCAGCAGCAAAUGCAACAACAACAACAACAGCCACUCCCGGACAUGUCGCAGUACGGCCCGAUGUCCAAGGUGAAGACUCCGACAGGCACCAAAUCGAUGCGGCGACCGGGUCUCGCAGGCGCUUCGGCUCUAAUGAACGGACAAUACUGCUGUCACUGGACCGCGCAAGGUGUCGCUUGCCGUCACAAGUUUCUCGAUGCGAAACAGCUCAAUGAUCAUAUCAAAGCGCACCACGUCCGUGGAGCCGGUAACUUUUUGUGCCACUGGGCAGGCUGUGACAAAGGCAACUUCCCGACCGCGAACAAGCUCGUGCGGCAUGUACACAGUCACACCGGCUACAAGCCCUUUCCGUGCUCCAGCUGCUCGCAAGCAUUUGUUACAAAAGACCAACUGGAAAAGCACCUCACUACUCACACCGGUGCCAAGGACUUUGUCUGUACCUGGCCGGGAUGUGAUCGAUCAUUUGCCGUCAAACAUGCACUCGACGGCCACAUGAACAGUGUCCACCUCAAAGCCAAGAAGCACACUUGUCCGCACUGCGGGCAGGCUUUUGAUGACUCCUCGAAUUUGUCCAAGCACAAAAAGCAGGUUCACAAUCCGGAGACUGGCAUAAAGUGUCCUGCCAGACACACGCAUGGAUGCAUGUAUGUCGACAGUCGCAAGGACAAACUGAAAGAGCACUGCGAGCAUGAGCAUCAUGGACUGGAGACUAUCCACGACCCUCACGCGUGGAAUUUAUGGGUGCUGCAAUUCAAGUCGGCGAGCCGCAAGUCCGAUUCGAGGAGACAUUCUCGCGCAUCGAGCAUAUCGACCACCUCAUCCUUUAUGCCGACUCCCCACAGAGGAAGCUCGUUCGACUGCAGUAGACAGCGUUGUGCGAUGCCCGUCUGCCUGCCCUGCAAUAUUCUCUGCCACGACAAUCUUCCUGUCUACGGCGCUCCACCAUCCUGCGACAACACUGACUGCGACCCUUCGGAGCCAUGCAACAAUUUACACCGUGGUCACACUACCCUACCGACCUGCCACGAAGAGGACUGCAACUCUUCCGUGCCACGUACCCGCAGCGUGCUCAGUAUCGCACUGCCCCAGCGCUUCAAGGACGCCUUCCCAUCCGGCAACGCCCCAUGGCUCGAUGACAGAUCCAUGUUUCUCGUAUCAUGGAAUGGCGGGACACAACGACAUGUUUGA